AUGACUACCACUCUGGAGUUCCCGAGUAACUGUUCCACCAAUGUCUACACCCUUAAUGAUUUUGGCGAGAUUGCUUAUAUUGUAUGCACAGUAGCAACUCCGCCGACCCAGGAUCCGUCAGCGUUUAUCGUCACCGCAGAGAAUACUCUUACUCGACUCCGGAAAACCGAGCGUCAAUUUAGAGAAGCAUCUAUCCUUGCGGCGUUGGAUGUUGAAGCUCGUCAGCUUUUCACCUUCUACAAGAAGGUAGAUAUUACUGCUCCGAAAGACCAAAAAACUUUGCUGUUGAAGUUUGGCUACGUCCUGCGGAGCAACACUUGUACAAUCGCAUACAAGACUGCUGCCCGCCUACCCGACUUGCUGAAACCAGAACACUCUCGGCUUUACCGACUGUUUAUUUCUGCAAUUGUUUCCAGCAUCAAGUUUCUCCCGAAUGGCGAAACUGCUCUUCAACCACUUGGCCGCAACAUGUAUUUGGUGGAGCAGACUCCAUCUGGUACCAAGAUUGACCAUCUUGACAAAACCAAGAAGUGGAUUCUCUACCGCAUUGAUCUGCAGGUAGUCCCCAGUGGCCAUAUCAUCCUGACAAUCGCAAAGGAUGGCGCAUUCUCAUUCUUUCGUAUCCAAGAAUGUGUUACCAAGCUAAAGUGGAAUGGCACCAAAAACUCUGAUUCAAUUGCCAUAUACCUCGCACCUGUCGGGCGCAUUGCACGAUUGAGCCGAUCAAACAUCCUCAACAAGACAAACCUUAUUGGUACCUCUGGCAAGCAGAACAAUGGCGAAAGUCUACUUUCUGAUGCACGAAGAGAAGCCUGGCAAGAGCUACUACCAUCCUGGCUCAAGGAGCACACGGAUACUAGCAUCGAAGAAAUGGAAGGUGGCUGGAUUGAGAUUGAAGUGCCUAUAGAGGAGGUUGAUCAAGUCUCCAACGACAGUCAGCAAGAUCUUACAACUUCAGAUAUAGUCAACUGCGACUCGAUCACUUGGAGGACAAUCUUCUGGCCUGCAGGCCUGUGCUUUGUUUUCAGCGAUGAGGAUCCUAUCGUAGAGGAGGAUACUGACGUUGGCCAAGAUCCAAUGCAAUUUGUGCAGGAUUGGAUCCUUGGAACGGGCGGCGGUACGUCAAAUGCCGAAGGCGGACGCCAAAGUGUGAUGGAUGAAGAUGAUGAACCACUAUUUGCUGAUGAAGGUGCAUUUGACGAUCCAGUGCACUUUCAUCCGUUCGGACCUCCAGCCUUUGGCUCUAGCCAACCAAUUUAUCCGACUCCGCCUGACGUUGGAAUGAUACAUCCUACGCCAGGCUUUCCAUCUGUUGACGGGAUGGCUCUAACACCGGCGAAUUUCCCUCGUGGACCUGCUGAGAGGUCUCAACCGCCGGAUGAGGACAUGGCGGAUUUCGAAGAUGCGCACACAUCAAGCGGACUACAGGGACUCUAUGACGAAGACCUUUUCGAGGAGAAUCCGGAUGAUAAUCUGUGUGCGGAGACUAAUGGUGACGAGCCAAAUUGGGAUUUCUUCGAUGGUCCAGGUAUCAACCCGAAGCCUGCGCGCUCUGCAAGCCACGGGCGGAAUGAAGAGUCGGUGACGCGCAGCGACACCCAGCCAGCGAUGGCGGAAGCAAAUAAUGACACCGAUGGUCAAGGUGCCGCUUCUCAGAAUCCAGCCAUUGCGAAGAGCGAAAAUUUGCACUUUAACGCUGCACCCAAGAUACCUGCAAGCACAAAGUCGCCCCAAACCCGAGACCAAAUUGAGCAGCCGGACAGUCUCCUGCAGGCAAAAAGCAGGCUGACACCCCAACCUCCGUCCAAACGGGGUCCUCCUUUGUGGAAACCCGAAUUCGCCACAGAUCCCACCAUUAGUGUGGUUUCCGGCCGUCGGUCAAGCCUGUACGAUGGUCUACGCUCACUCCCGUCCGUAUCGACGCAUGACAGCAGAUACGGCGCGGACGGAGAUUAUUGGUUUGAUCCAACGCUAGUUCUUUCCAACGUAAAGAGCUAUGCGAAGCCAAAUCCGCUGUUUCAGAAACCAGUAUCAAGUCCAUCAGACAGCGACAGUUUGAUGACCAGUUCCAGCAAUUCGCCAGAUCCAGCAUCUCAGCAAAAUACGGCCCAUGUGCCGUUCAGACAGUGGACUGAGUAUCACCACCCAUCGCCGACUGCUGCCAAUCGCCAAAGCGAGAUCGACAAGAAGUCAAUUUAUCAAGACGUACAGCAGAUACUAGGAUUUCUGAAGCUUGGUUUGAUAGAACAUCCGACAUUGUCUGAUUUCCGGUUAGAUGAGCCCGAUUCUCGCAAGAUCCCUCCGACGUCGCCACAGAAGUUCCUGCAAAUUGCCAACGUCUUAGUUGAGCAGAUGUCUCAGACGUCUUUACUACCUCAGGGAGAGUACCAGAGUGAGAUGCAGACUCUCUUCCAGGAUCAAAUGGAUGUAAAUGUUGAUUUGAGCGGUAUCAAAACCUCUGCGACUCCAUCAACUGUGUUUCAACUUAUCAACCUCAAAGCUGACCACAACAAUGGCAGAGUCCAAGGGAAGGUAAUAAGAAUCCAACCGGACCAGAUUCGCGUGCGACGGACGGAACGGCCACUUACCGCUUCUAUAUCUAUCUUGAACUUCUGGGAUACGUUGAACCUUCAGCCUGAAAGCGGACUGAAAGAUGUGACAGCUUUUUGUAUUCAUCCAGGUCUGGCAAAUGUAACAGAGGGAUGUCUCAGUUUGCUGCAGCGGCUUGCAGAAACUUACAACUCUUGUUCACUGGGAGCUUUUACGAUCGGUCAACUUCCUGGUCUCACAGACACUGGAUUGAUAUCAUGGGUGCCGAAUGAUGUGGGUGAACGCAACCUCCUCCAAACAUGCAAAUUGGUCGGCACCACUCUCGCAACUGCUUCCAAUAUAAAGGGCACUGUCCUUGUCUGUAUGAUUGGCAGAAGUCAAAGCGCGACUGCGUACUUGGAGACGUGCAUUGCAUUCUUCAGCCUUUUUGAAUCAUUUACAGAGGCCCGAACGGACAUCCAGGGCGUGUCCGAUAUUGCUUUGCAAGUCGUUCCACAAAAUUUUGUCGCCAAUGCGGAGGCCUUGGUGAUCCCUUCUCAAACAGCCUAUAUCCGGCUGGCCAUCGAGGUCUACAAUCGGCUCCCGCCACCCAAUUUUCCCGCCUCCCCAGCUACCUGUAGCUCGGCCGUGGUGUUGUCAAAAUCGGAAAAUUCGGUGCAUUUGCAAAUGACGCCAACAUACGGCUCGCCUCUGGAAAAGAACGGACCGUGCCUUCAUCUCGCAUACUCUGUUAGCCUUGACAACAGGUGGAUUACUGCAGCCUGGACGGACGAGUUAGGACGGGUUGCACUUACCAUGUCCUACUGUCUGCGUGUCCGACAGUCGGGGAAGAGCCGGCCUCUGCACGACAUAUUCCGAGAGAUGUGGGACGUGUCCCAAGACCUUAUGAGCAAAGUUCGUGGGCCGUGGCGAUUGGCAAUUGUCAGGCACGGGUACUACGAACAAUCAGAGCUGCUCGACUGGCAUCAAAUUUUCGACAAUUCCCCCUCCUUGCAGAAACGAUGUCUGCUGGUGCUUCUCUCUGUCCAGGUCGCUCCAGAGCUAGAAAUCUUCCUACCCCCUAAUCACGGGAAGACCGCCCAGACGGGGACACAGAACCUAUAUGGGACACCUGCUUCGACGCCACAGGGCAGUAUGACAUCUCCUGAACAGACUGUGCCAGCGACUCCAACGCCCGGCGGCAGCUCCUUCAUGAACGCCCCCACACCUUCCGAUCCUGGGUUUGAUCUGAAUGCUGAGAGCGAUCUCACACUCCUGGAUCCUUCCGAGGAAAGCUGUGCCGUCAUCUUACCCUACGGGGUUAACCAGACGAGGAGUUUGAUCGAGCUUCGGCCUUCGCAAGUCACGGGCUAUCUCAUGAAACGUAAAGGGGCGAAGUGGGAGGGCGGAUACAAUAUGAUUGAGUUCAGCCUAAUCACCUCGACGCUCCAGAUAUCGAACACAUCCAGCGAAACGUCGCCAGACGAGUUGCUUGAAGAUUUGAUCAAACAGUAUCGCGGGCUUGUGACUCUUGGGGCUACUCGAGGCUGCGUGGAUCCAAACCGCGAAUGCCUCCCCUGGCAUAUUGCCACGGCCAUCAGAGGUGCUCGGCUGCUGGGGCAGGUCAUGUAG